AUGGCUCAGCACGUCCAUUUUCAGGAUAUUGGAGACGACGACAUACCUCCGGCUCCAGAUAGGGAGGAUCUGCGUAUUUUGAGAGCAGAAAUUGAUACUAUGAGAGCAAGAAAUGAUACUAUGAGAGCAAGAGUGCAUGCUAUGAACGCAGGACUGGAUAUUGCGAUAGCAGGAUUGAGAGGGGUCUUGGACGACAUACCUCCGGCUCGGGAUGUUGGAGAGAUUGGGGACGAGAUGCCUCAUCAAAUGCAAAUAAAUUUGGGUGAGGUUCGGGAGCAUCUGCGUAUUACGAGAGCAAGAAUGGAUGCUAUGGAGGCAGGAAUGGAUAUUGGGAUAGCAGGAUUGAGAGCGGUCUUGGACGACAUAUCUCCGGCUCGCGAUGUUGGAGAGAUGGGGGACGGGAUGCCUCAUCAAAUGCAAAUAAAUUUGGGUGAGGCUCGGGAGCAUCUGCGUAUUAUGAGAGCAAGAAUGGAUGUUGCGAGAGCAGGAUUGAGAGGGGCCCCCGACGACAUACCUCCGGCUCCGGCCGCCGCUGACAUAGCUCCGAUGCACUUAUUUUGUGCACAAGAAAACAAAGGAGAGGCUGAACAGCUGGCCGUGUGGUGUGGUCACAUCAUCCUGGAGCUGAACACUAAGUCAGAAGUGAUCUCCUGCAUCUUCUCUCUGAAAGAGGAGGUUGGAGCUUUAGCCAGGGCCCUGCGGCUCUUUGAGGAGAAGGGCAUCACCCUGACGCACAUUGAAUCCCGUCCAUCGCAGGCGAACAAAGACCACUAUGAGUUCUUCAUCAGUGUGGAUUCCACCUCCUCCCAGGCCCUGGAUGAGGUCAUCAACAGCCUGCGUACACAAAUCAGCGGCCACGUGCAUGAGCUCUCACGCAACAAACAGAAGGACACAGUGCCAUGGUUCCCUAAUGACAUCCCAGACCUGGACCGCUUUGCCAACCAGAUCCUCAGCUAUGGCUCCGAGCUGGAUGCAGACCACCCAGGCUUCACAGAUCCAGUGUACAGAGCCCGCAGGAAGGAGUUUGCUGACAUUGCCUACAACUACAGACAUGGUCAAACUAUCCCCAGGAUGGAGUACACAGAGGAUGAAAAGGCCACAUGGGGCACAGUGUUCAAGGAACUCAAGAGUCUGUACCCAACUCACGCCUGCCGUGAGCACAACCGGGUCUUCCCCCUGCUGGAGAAAUACUGUGGCUACAGGCCGGACAACAUCCCACAGCUGGAAGACGUGUCUCGCUUCCUGCAGUCAUGCACAGGUUUCCGGCUUCGCCCGGUGGCUGGCCUGCUCUCGUCUCGGGACUUCCUGGCGGGACUUGCCUUCCGUGUCUUCCAUUCCACCCAGUACAUCCGUCACAGCUCCAAGCCCACGUACACACCUGAGCCGGACAUCUGCCAUGAGCUCCUGGGGCAUGUUCCGUUGUUUGCUGACCCAAGUUUUGCCCAGUUCUCACAGGAAAUUGGACUUGCCACCCUUGGUGCCCCUGAUGAGUACGUUGAGAAACUAGCUACUGUCUACUGGUUCACUGUGGAGUUUGGCCUAUGUAAGCAGGGCUCAGAGAUCAAAGCUUAUGGUGCUGGCUUGCUUUCAUCAUUUGGAGAGCUGCAGUACUGCUUGACAGACAAGCCCAAACUCCAGCCCUUUGAUCCUGACAAGACCAGCCUCCAGAAAUACCCGAUCACAGAGUACCAGCCUGUUUACUUUGUGGCUGAGAGCUUUGAAGAUGCCCAGGAGAAAGUGAGGAAAUUUGCAGCCACUAUCCCAAGACCUUUCACCGUGCGUUACAACCCCUACACCCAGAGUAUUGAUGUGCUGGACAACACCCAGCAGCUCAGGAGCUUGGCUGACAGUAUCAGUAAUGAACUGGGGAAACUGUGUGAAGCCCUGCGGAAACUGCAGUAAUUGCACAUGUGAUCUGAGCCAAAGCCUGACAAUCUCUGUUUCUCUAAUUUAUUAGCCCACUGAAGUCUUGCUGUUAUUCCUAGCAUGCUUGCAAAUUAGUCGAAUAAUGACAAUAUUACUGUACUCCAAUUAGAAGGAACUUUCUCCUUGUCUAUUUGAGUUUAGUGAAUAAAGUGUAGCCUGUUGGUAAUGAAGGAUAAUAAGGAAUGUGUCUGUGACAGCUAAAAAUGGUACUGUCAAUAUGAUUUCACAAUAAAUGUUGACAUUUUUAAAAUCUUAAAA